CCUUACUACUUCUUUUGUGACAUUAACUUACGAAGAGCAUCUUAUUGCUGCAGGGGAAAAAAGGGGGCAUUUACGGUUCCCUCUUUAAGAUAUUUAACAGAAGAAGAAAGUGAUUUCCCCACAUUUGAGACGCAAGCUGUCGUCAUGCUGCCGGCUCAGGAGGCCGCCAAAAUCUACCACACCAACUACGUGCGUAACGCACGGGCCGUGGGCGUGCUGUGGACGGUAUUCACAAUCACCUUUGCUGUCAUCACCGUGGUGGUGUUCAUCCAGCCCUACUGGAUCGGGGACAGCGUCAACACGCCACAGGCGGGAUACUUUGGCCUCUUUCACUACUGCAUCGGGAACGCACUCACCUCAGAGCUCACCUGCAAAGGGAGCGCGCUCGACUUUGGCUCCAUCCCUUCCGGCGCGUUUAAGACAGCCAUGUUCUUCGUGGGCAUCUCCAUGCUGCUGGUGGUGGGCAGCAUUGUGUGCUUCAGCCUCUUUUUCUUCUGCAACGCGGGCAGCGUCUACAAGAUCUGCGCCUGGAUGCAGUUGGCCUCCAGCACUUGCAUGGUUAUUGGCUGUAUGAUCUAUCCCGAUGGCUGGGACUCCGAUGAGGUGAAGCGCAUGUGUGGCCAGCGGACCGACAAAUACACCCUGGGCAACUGCACGGUGCGCUGGGCCUACAUCCUGGCCAUCAUUAGCAUCAUGGACUCGCUGAUCCUCUCCUUCCUUGCCUUCAGCCUGGGCAGCCGGCAGGACAAUCUGCUCCCAGAGGACUUCCAGGUGGAGAGCAAAGAUAAUGCCUAGACCUGAUGUCGAUAACUGAGGCAAGAGAUGGACGAGGCUUUAUGAGGAGCAAAAUCGACGCAAGGGAUUCAAAUGUAUUCUUGGGCUGCGGGAAAGUUAAUUACUAUCUAAAAAUAACUAAUAAAGAAGUUGGUCUUUCCCUUGGAA